GAGCACUUCGUAAAUUUCCCGGAACCGUCAAAGGGUCCGAGGAAAACUUUAUUUCCCCUGAAAGUCCAAUAAUUUUCGUCUGCUAUUUAUCGUCUUUUCAGAAACAAAUAUUUUGAGCCUUUAGAAGGUAUACAAACAAAACAUUCUUCUUGAUUUGGAUUAACGUAUCUCUUCUACGGCCCAUAAAAAAUGAAGAAUCAUGCUUCCAUGCUUGCCGCACUUGGCACCAUCGUCUCCGCAGUGCUAUCUCAGGACUUGCCCCCGCUCACUUCAGAUGGCCUUCGUGGCCUCAUCACCGCGGACGCUCUCAUGGCCAAGGCCAAAGUCCUUGAAGACUGUGCCUACGCCACACCAGCACGGAACAGAUUUGUCGGCACCACUGGGCUGGAUACGUCGCUACAGUGGGUCUACGACACCUUGACAGCCCUUGACUACUACGACGUCAAAAAGCAGAAGUUUACUGUCAACAGGGGUGGGUCUGCCUCAUUUUCCGUCGCCGGCAAGACGUACACCACAGCCACCUUUGACGGAAGCCCUGCCGGCGAGGCAGAUGGAAAACUCGUACCCGUCGCCAACCUGGGCUGCAGCGCCACCGACUUUCCUUCUUCCGUCUCGGGAGCCAUUGCUUUGGUCGCUAGAGGCACAUGUGGCUUUGCCGACAAGGCCCGGUUCGCCGGUGCAGCGGGUGCCAAGGCCGUCGUCAUUUACAACAACGUCGCCCAGGGUGCCGCGGCGGGCGGGCUAGGCAGUGGCACGUUCCCUCCGACUGUCGGGAUCAACCAGGCAGACGGGCAGGCCCUUGUCGCCGCGGGCCAAGGCCAGGAGGGUAGCGUUUCGGUCACCAUCAACACGGUCAGCACGUACAACAUCAUCGCGCAGACGCGCAGCGGUGAUACGGCUAAUGUCCUACAGCUCGGCGCGCACAUGGACAGCGUUGAGGUGUGCCCAGGCGUCAACGAUGACGGGUCGGGCUCCAUUGGGAUCCUAGAGACUGCAAUCCAGCUGGCAAAGUUUCAGCCGCCCAAGAACACGGUAAGGUUCAGCUGGUGGUCCGCUGAGGAGGUCGGACUUGUCGGCUCGACCCAUUAUGUCAAGUCGCUGUCGCAGGAGGAAUUGGACAAGAUACGGCUAUAUCUUAACUUUGACAUGAUUGCGUCAGUCAACUGGCUCUAUGCAAUCUAUGCCUCAAACGGCACGGGCUUCGACGGCAGACCGCCACCGCCUGGCGUUGUCGAGGCGGAAAGUGUGUUUCAAGAGUACUUUGACAACGUGGCAAAGCUUAAUUACACCAGUUUUGAUUUGCGCAAGGCGAGCGAUCACGGCCCUUUCAUCGAUGCGAAGGUCCCAACCGGUGGGCUGUUUGCAGGGGGCUCAGAAGCAAAGACAGCGGAGCAGGUCGCGCUGUUUGGCGGGACGGUGGGAGCUCCUUCGGACCCAGAGAAUCACAAAGUUGGCGACAACGCAUCAAAUGUUCACCCGGAGCCGUUCGAGGCCAUGACCAAGGCUAUAGCCUAUACCGUAGCCCUCUACGGAAAAAGCUUUGACCGCCUGCCUCCACGGUCACCAAGUUUAAGCAAGCAAACUCGGGAUUUACAGUUCGGCGAAAUAAAGUUCACGGAGGCCCUUUGCGGGUGCCAAAAACCGCUAGCUGUAGUCUAAGCAAUGGAAUAUAAAGGAGUUGUAUUCUCUUUGCGAUAGGUGGAAUUAAAACAAUAUUAAUAAAAGUAUAUUUACAUACAAUAUCUUAUUAUUAAUAAUUAAAUAUAUCUCCGUAAAAACUUAUUAAAA